AUGAACUACGCCAACAAAAGGCUUCAGCUAGCAACGCGUAACGAGGGAAAGAUAAAAUCGUACGGUUCCUGCAUCGACGUCAGAGCAUGGAGUCAUGAUCUGCAAACUCGGGACCAUUACCUCAGGGAUUGGAUGAAGAGUGAUAUGCCAAUUUGUGUUAUUCCCGUUAAAACGAUUAUUGGAUUUUUAGACAAUAUGACUCGUAGGAAUCACGCUAAGGAAGAACUCGAAACAAGCCACUGGCCAUGCGAUAGGUGCCUGGACGCGUUAAAGAGUAUUAAAAUGUUCUGGCGCAUCAUUCUAAAUAAAAUUUUCAGAGUUAACAUCGAAACGAAUGAUAGUUUUACAAAUAGUAAUAUGUGCAGUAGCGUUCGAAGUGUAGCUAAACACUAUCUGGAUGAAAUUAGUGAGCAGACUAUUUUUCUAAGAAAGAUAAUAGAAGAAAAGGCAUACGAUAGGGACAAUCAUAAGGCAGACACGAUACGGUUUAAGAUAUACAGCAACGAUUUUGUUAUACUUACACCGAAGGAGAGUAAACAUAAAAUCAUAUUCGAAGACAAAGCCAUGGAAACUGAAAAAAGUUUGCCAAAAGAACACCCUUGCCGCAAAACAAUCAGUCAAGGUGUCUCAGUGACUUAUAAAACUGUGGAUUUUGGUUGUGAAACGUGUAAUCUAGAACAUGAAGGCAUUAGUGAAUACAAACAGAAAGUAGAUCAUCUUCAAAGGCGUUUAGAUUUGCAAAACAUUGAACUCGGUAAGUUAACUAAGGAAAAUGUAUCAAUGAAAUUGGACUUGCAACAAAUUUAUCGAUCCAACCAUUGGAGUACGUCUUAUCGUCAUCGACCCAAUUGUGCGCCAUUUGAUGAAGCACUCGAGAGAGUACCAGCGCCUUUCGAGAGUUGUGAAGAGGAAGAUAACUUACUGCCCAAAACAAUAGACUCAGAAAUGAUUAUUACCUUGAAGAAUUGUAAAAAUGAGACGUACACAAAUAUUUCUCUUUUACAAGUAAUACAUAAAUCAAAUGCAAGUGAGCUACAAGAAAUGAAAGGACCCGGUUGCAAGCAAGAUGAUCCUAUUAGACUCUUGACGAAAGUUCAAGACACCUUUGGUUCGAUAGUGCAGCGGGAAAUUGGAAAAGUGAACGAAAAUCAACGAGCGAACAAGAAUAUCACUAUAAUAAAUUCGUCAUAUGUCAAUGGAAAAACUGCUCGGUCUGGUUCAACGAUGUCCUUACAUUCGAUAUCUUCAGAAACUGUUUUUGUGUCGACGUCAGAUUAA